CAGGCGGCGUUGGCACAGCGCGCGCGCGUUACCCGCGAGGUUUAUCUUUCUUGACUCGCUGGUGGGUUGAGCUCGCGCGCUAAUCUGUGGCAGCUGGAAAUGAACAACAGAGGAGCUCCGCAGCCACCGGACUCAGAAAUGAAGGAGUCAAGAAAGAGUGAACUGGUGGAUAAAAAGUCUCCCUCCAAAAACAAGAAGGGUCGAAAUAACGAAGAACAAGAUGAGGAGGAAAAUGCAGAGGUCAAGACAGUUAGGGAUGGGCUCAAACCCAGGUGGGAGCGCCGCCACAGAAGUAGCAGUGCAACCAUGUGCCAAGUCUGCAACAUACAGCUGAACUCCAACGCUCAGGCACAGAUCCAUUACAGAGGAAAGACUCACCAGAGGAGACUGCGGCGACUGGCAAAAGCCGUCCGUGCAGGAUGCACAGGUGCACUGCCCCAGAAACAAGUCCACCCACUCCUGAGCGCCCUGCCUCUGCCGGGCCGAGCCCUUCAACCACAGUCCCAGCUGGAGCACUUUCUGCCUCUCAGGGUCAACGGCUCCUCGCCGCUCAGCCUCUUCCCCAAUUUCAACACCAUGGACCCGAUUCAGAAGGCUGUGAUAAACCACACUUUUGGCUUGGCUCAACCCAAGAGGAAACCCAUAAUAUCAUGUAACAUCUGCCAUCUACGCUUUAACUCUACUAUCCAAGCUGAGGCCCACUACAAAGGUCACAAGCAUGCUCGCAAGUUAAAAGCCUUGGAGACUCAGAGGACGCGGCAGAAGAACGGACGCAGUCAGUCCACAACAGGAAGAGACAAGGAGGAAAGCUUGAUGGGAGGAGAAGCAGUGUCCACAGACUCACAGCUAGAAGAUGAGACAGGUUCUAGUCCCUCAUCUCUACUUCUACCUGAAAACUCCUCUACAGGAGCCAGUCCGACUUCACAGGCCUCCCCCACAGACUCCCUUCUUCCCACCUCUCCUCCUUCUCCACAAGUCGCCCCCAGCUCUCAACUUUGUGAUGGACCUUCAGAUGGUCCUCAGGCAGAAGGUUGCAGCCCGACCACCAGUGCAGGGCUGCAGUCGGACGCUCUGCAAAACUGCAUGGGAGACGAAGAUGCAGCAGAUCAGGUGGAGAAGGUUAAGGAGGCCAAAAGCAACAAAAAGCACAUCCACUGUCCGACAUGUAAAGUGACCGUCAACUCCAGCUCCCAGCUGGAGGCUCAUUGCAGCGGGUCUAAACACAGACAGAUGCUCAGUGGUCAGAGAAACUGCCAAUCAAAUCGCAGGUUCAAGAUGCCGCUAUCGCCGAGACCCAAAUGUCGAAUUAAACACCGACCAGGCAGCAAAGGCAGAGCAGUGGUUGGUGUUACCAAGCAGGGUUUUCACUGUGAACUGUGCCAAGUGUCUGUUAACUCUGAGACACAGCUGAAGCAGCACAUGAACAGCAGGAGACACAAAGAGCGUUUGGCUGGGAAGCCUGUCAAGACCAAGUUUACACCCAUCAAUAAACUCUACCCUAAUGCUUUCUUAGCGACUAAAGUGGCCCUGCAGAAGCAUCUGUCCAAAGUGCUUCCUGCGGGGCUUCUGAGCAGCCCACUCAGUCCUGCUUUGUGCAACAUGGCAUCUGGACCUUUAGCGCUGAGGCUGCCCCCUGGUCUUCCAGCAAUUAUUCAGGGUCCCCUCAUCAGCACGGCACUCUUUAGACCGGCUCCAGGACCUUUGAGAGCCACGCAUACACCUGUGAUCUUUGCUCCUUAUUAACAACAAGCACAAUUCAUUUUAGCCUUACAGAGGAAUUCAUGUUUUGGGCUGCUUGUGACAUUAUAUGGGUGUUGUACAGUCACAAUGAGGACAACACGAAAACUGUAUCCUCAGUCCUCUGAGGCGGAUUGGGAUUUCACCCUCUGAGUACCGUACUUUUUUCCCUAAAAAUGGAUGGACCAUUUUCCAAAAAGAUGUUAACUCCUGAUGUUUGGACCUCUCAGCAAGCCAUACUCAUGAAAGAUUUUUUUUAUUAUUGCCAUUAUUAAAGAUAAACAUGUAAUGUUUUCUUUUUUGCAACAAAUGUAUUUAAUUGUUUAACGUUUAUGCUUUUUUUGUGUAAAAACAAAAACAUAAGCUUUAUUUUCCAUAACAGAACAAUCUACCCAUUUAUAAUCUGUACUUCUUUCCUGGAAGACAGAAAACUGCCUGGAAAUGGAUGACAGUCCAUCAUAAGGCCACAUACUGACAACAACACAUGUUAUAAACUUUCCUCAGGAACCAUUUUAGAUUGCACAUUUUGGGUUGGAGAAUUUCAGAGAAAACCCAAGCAUGCACAAAAGAACCAUGGAAUCUUAAUGGAAAGUAUUUCUAUGAGACUUUCCCUUUUGAGAGAUGACAACACUACCCACCACACCGCCAUGCAGGACCAUGAAAUCCACCAAACUGCAUUAAAACCCACAAACUUUUUUAUUUCCAUCAGCCUUCUGAAAAGGCCAAUUUACAUGCAUCUCUGACAGAAGUCGUGUGUUUUGUGCUGUCAUCUAAAACGCUUUUAUCCAAAGUUCUUGUGCCACUAUUGUGACUUCAUUCAUCGAUCUCUGUGUGAAAUGUGACAAUCAACCACCAUGCUGAUGUAGAUUUUGAUUUGGUAACUGGUUAAACGUAAAUCUAAUGUGUAAAAUGAGAUGAUUUAAUAAUAAAAAACAAAUGUUUUUAUGCUAUAUUCCCUUAAUUUGAGUAAUCAUAAUCUGUUUUCAGUUCUUAGCUUAGUACAUUAAUACAAAGGAUCAAUUUUUGUCACUAUAAACAUGAAAAACACUUUUCUGCUGAUUUUCUGCCUUUAAGGAAACAUUAGUAAAAAAAUAGCGCAUAAAAAGAAAUUAAAUUGUCAUUACACAGAAACACAGCAUGUCUUCAUGGGAGAAAUCCAAACUAAUAAACACAAAACUUCUCUUAUUUUUGAUGCUCAUAAAACUAAACUGGGUGUGAAUCAAUUAGAACAUAAAGAGAACAUUUUUAUUCAGUUUGUGCAAUAUCAGAGAAAAAAUUACCUUUGUUUACUGUUCACAGACUUUUUACCGCAUCAAAUGUUAUAUUAAUGAAGUACUUUAAAAAAUAUGUACUUCUGUUGUUUUUUUUCCUGUUCCACAUGGCUCACCUGAAGCAAUACAUCUUUUAAGCAUUGUCUGAUAAAAUUUAUUGUGUAUUUAUUCCAAUAAUGUAAAAUAUAAAAUGCUUAAAAAAUGGGAAUUCUGCAUUAAAUUUAAACUCAUACAGAGUACUUUUUUUUU